CUUCAGGAAGGCUUGGGGAAGUGCGGCGGAGAGGACCGUCCUCGGUUCGGCGAAGGGGCGUCAUGGCGGCGACGGUGCAGCAGCAGGGCAGAGUCAGCCUGAAGGAGCAGCGCUACGACCGGCAGCUCAGAUUAUGGGGUGACCACGGACAAGAAGCUUUAGAAUCUGCACAUGUUUGUGUGAUAAAUGCAACGGCCACAGGAACUGAGAUCCUCAAAAACUUAGUUCUUCCAGGUGUUGGAUCGUUUACAAUUGUUGAUGGGAAUCAAGUCACCGGUGAAGAUGUUGGCAAUAGUUUUUUCCUGCAAAGAAGCAGCAUUGGCCAGAAUCGAGCCCAGUGCGCCACAGAACUAUUACAAGAAUUGAAUAAUGAUGUCUCCGGAAAUUUCGUGGAAGAGAAUCCAGAUAAACUUCUGGACAAUGAUCCUUCAUUUUUCUGCCGGUUUAAUAUAGUGAUUGCAACUCAACUCCCAGAGAGUACAUUACUCAGGCUUGCCGAAGUCCUUUGGAAUUAUAACAUUCCGCUAUUAGUUUGUAGGACUUAUGGAUUAAUAGGAUAUAUGAGAAUCAUUAUUAAAGAACACCCAGUUGUGGAAUCUCACCCAGACAAUGCAUUGGAUGAUUUGAGACUGGACAAUCCUUUUCCAGAACUGAAGGAGCACAUUCAGUCUUAUGAUUUGGAUCAUAUGGAGAAAAAGGAACACAGCCACAUUCCAUGGAUUGUGAUCAUAUCCAAGUAUCUAGAAAAAUGGCAUAAUGAAAACAGUGGACAGAUGCCUAAGAACUACAAAGAAAAGGAAGCCUUCCGAGAGAUGAUUAGGCAAGGAAUCUUAAAAAAUGAAAAUGGAGGCCUAGAAGAUGAAGAAAACUUUGAAGAAGCUAUUAAAAACGUGAACACAGCUGUAGCUGCUACUAAGAUACCAGGUUGUAUUGAAGACAUUUUCAGUGACGACUGUUGUGUCACUCUUUCAAAGCAGAGUCCACACUUUUGGAUCUUGGUUCGAGCUGUAAAGGAAUUUGUGGCAAAGGAGGGUCGAGGAAAUUUACCUGUCCGGGGCACAAUUCCAGAUAUGAUAGCAGAUUCUAGUAAAUUUAUCAAGCUGCAAAAUAUAUAUCGUGACAAAGCUAAGAAAGACGCCGAAGCUGUGGCUAACUAUGCUGCCAAGCUGCUCCAGUCAUUAGGCAAGGCACCAGAAUCUAUUUCUCAGAAAGAACUGAGACUACUUUGCACUAAUUCAGCAUUUCUUCAAGUUGUGCGGUGUAGAUCUCUUUCUGAAGAGUAUGGUUUGAAUACUUCAAACAAAGAUGAGAUCAUUUCCCAUAUGGAUAACCCUGAUAGUGAGAUGGUGCUGUACUUAAUGUUACGAGCUGUGGAUAGAUUCUUUAAACACCAUGGGAGAUAUCCAGGUGCUUAUAAUUAUCAAGUGGAAGACGACAUUGGAAAACUGAAAUCUUGCCUCAACAGUUUUCUUCAGGAAUAUGGAUUACCUGUAACAGUGAAGGAUGAUUACGUUCAUGAAUUUUGUCGCUAUGGAGCUGCUGAGCCACAUAUGAUUGCAGCAUUUUUGGGAGGAGCUGCUGCUCAAGAGGCUGUGAAAAUAAUUACAAAACAAUUUGUCAUUUUUAAUAACACCUACAUUUACAAUGGCAUGUCACAGACAUCUGCAACAUUCAAGUUAUAGGCUAAGCACAGUACAUUGUUUAAAACUGUGGUUGCAUUUAAUUUGCAGUUUGUUCUGUAAAUGAUUGCUGCUAUAUUUGCUGCCAAGUUCCCUUCUUUGUAAUUUUUCCCGAUUAUUAAAUGUUCUUUUGAACUGUAAUAAAUAUUUUUAUCUUGUAUUGUAAUAAGAGGCAAUGGAAUAGGUUGACUGUCAUCACUAUCAGCAUCGUAUUAGUUUAGAUGUAAGCAGCAUUUUUCUUCUGUGCUAUUGGGAGUGGGACCCAAUACAGACCAUUGCUAUUAGCCUGCUCAUAUCACUCCGAAAAGUGUUUCUUAACCUAUGUGUUAAAUAAAUACCUCUUUGAAGCAAAUGUACAGCAAAUAA